UAUCUCCGACAUUGGUGACCUUUGGUCCUCGACAUUUUGAUCUUGUUGUAUGACAUUUUGGACUACUACUUCGGAGACCUACCGGACCCUAUCUUGUGACCUAUCGGUCUUACCUUCAGCGGGUUCACGCAUCACAGAUGCCGCCGCCACAGCAAAGGCACAGCAAGAGGCAGCAGAAGCAGAACGUCAGCGGCUUGCCCAUGAGGCGGCAGCCCAAGCUCAGCGGACUGCUAAGGCUGACGCAACAGCUCAAGACAAACGGAACGCCGCCAGCGCUGAGUUCUUGAUUCAGAAUGAGAAUCAGUGGACAGCACUACUCCAAGGCAUGACCUUUGUGCCUACGGACGAACAGGCGGAUCCGACACUGGCGGAGGUGGAAAGGAGUAACCUGGCUAACUUAAUUCUGUGUAUGAUGAGGGCGGUAAUGUGGAACAACACGAUGCAGACAGUGCACGUGCACACUGGACGGCAGCUGAAACAGACUCAGCAGAGAGAGUCUUCAACUUUGACAGUUGCCAUCCGCGCAGCAGCACAACAUCAGCAACAACAGCAACAGUUGUUGGCAUCCACUAUCACAAGCGUCAACAACAUCAAGGCUAAGCCCUCAGCAGCGCCCGGCUGCACGACGGACAUGACGAAGCAGCUCGGAGAGCGCAUCGGCCAUGUCGUCAACAUCAUCGGCAACCUGGGUGACUUUACCAGUCCGGCCACGAUCAGCAGCACGGUGGCCGCCAUCAAGACGGACAUCACCAAACUGCAGUCACGACCGGAAGCCGCCGCGAAGACAUUCAAGAUGCUACGCUUCAACAUCGCCAAGUUCGACGACUACAACAAAACAGAUGCAUUGGCAUGGUGGCAAGCCUUCGUCACUGAAGCAGCCUGCCACCAAGUGCCGGACGACCUGGUAAUGACAGCACUCUACCUCCAACUCAUUGGACGAGCACAGGCAUUCAUGAACCACACAGCGGCAAAUCUGGGAACCACCAUCGCCAACCUGCACACGCACAUCACGUGGGAGCAGCUCGAGCAAAUAUGGUACACUCGAUUCAUGGUCCGCAAUGUAGUAAAGGCGGCCAUGAACGACGUCUACUCCCGCUCACAAGGGAACAUGUCAACACGAGACUGGACGAUCAAGUGGCAGAAGAUAGUAACCACUCCUGGUUUCGACUUAAGUUUCCCAAACCUGCGAUCCGAAUUCUUUUCGCGAUUGUGCGCAGGACUGCGGUCGGCACUGGGUAACGAGUACGACUAUGCCUCAUUCAAGUCCAUCCUUGACCGUGCUAACCUGGUCAUCCAAACGGAUGACAAGGCCGCCAACAAAAGGCAGUCCCAGCCACAAUAUGUGGCUAAGCAAGGCUACCAAAGGCCGGCCCAUAACAAUGCGGUGAUCGUUGACGGAUCACCUGAUCUCCACGCUGCAGCAGCCUCCUCGAGUGAUGGAGGAGUUGUCGCAGCGCUCCCGCCAAAACGUCCUAAAAGGGUUCGGAAGAACAAGGCAACUCAAGGGACGACAGCGACGGAGACUGGGCAGCAACCAUGGACGGCUUACAACAUCACCAAGGAAGUUUUUGAACUUCGACAACAGUAUGGGUAUUGUUUUUGGUGCAACAAUGUAAACCACACUACUGCAGAAUGACCGGACAAGGGCAAGGCAAAGAUUCGGAAAACAAACAAAACAAAAUAACUGUCUAUUGGAUCCAUACCAGUAGAGUAAAAUGGCAAGUGUCUA